AUGGCCUGCAGACCACGGGAAGUCUUCUCUUUGAAAGACUCAGAGCUUCCCACCCACCUACUUGCCCAGCUCAACAUCCUCCGGCAGGAGCGCAUCCUGACCGAUGUCCUGCUCUGCACGGAGCACCAGGAGAUUCCCUGUCACAGGAACGUCCUUGUGUCCAGCAGCCCAUACUUCCGCGCCAUGUUCUGCAGCAACUUUCUGGAGAGCAGUCAGGCCCGAGUGAAUCUGAAGGGAAUCUCUUCAAAUGUCCUCAGUGGCAUCGUGGAGUAUGUCUACACAGGCUGCAUCACAAUCACCAUGGAGAUUGUGCUCCCCCUCAUGCAGGCAGCGUCAAUGCUUCACUAUGGAGGUCUCUUUGAGGCAUGUUCCAUGUUCCUGCAGGAGCAGCUGAGUCCAGAAAACUGUCUGAGCAUGAUACGACUCUCUGAGAUCCUUCACUGUGAGAGUUUGAGGGAGAGAGCAAAGGAGAUGGCUGUGAGGUGUUUCUCUGAUGUAGCUGCUACAGAGGACUUCUGUGAGUUGUCUCUCCCUGAGCUCAUGUGUUACCUAGAAGACGACCGACUUUGUGCUGAGGAGGAGCAAGUCUUUGAGACCCUUCUGGCAUGGAUCCACCACGACCCGUUCUCACGACGCGGUGCAAUCCAUGAUCUCUUCAAGAAAGUCCGUCUACGCUACAUCCAUCCAACUUACCUCUUCCAGUUUAUUGCCAAUGACCCACUGGUGCAGUCCUCCACCCUCUGUACUGAGAUAAUCGAGUCAGUCCGCCGCCUCAUGCUUACAGUCAGCACCAAGUGUAGCCGAGAGCUCAAGCCGCUUUGGACCACACCACGGCGUUACACCUGCAGAGAAACACUGGUGGUGGUCGGAGGGCGCAAAAACAAUGAACAGACCUCACGAGAGGCUCUACUCUAUGAUGAAAGGACUCAUCGUUGGCAGUGGUUGGCCAAGCUCCCUCUGCGCCUCUAUAAAGCAGCGUAUGUGUGUAUUCAUAGCAUCCUCUAUGUGCUUGGCGGACUCAGCCUCUGCAUGACAUCAGGUGACAGCUCAGUUAGCGCCACAGUUUACACACUCUCCCUAAAGACCAACCAGUGGCGGACUGCUGAGCCCAUGUUGGAGCCACGAUAUGCCCACCAAAGUGUGUCCUAUCUGCACUUUAUUUUCGUGUUAGGAGGUAUUGGGGUAGACAAGAGAAUUUCUCAGUCAGUAGAGAGAUAUAACAGUAUGUUUAAUCAAUGGGAGGCCAUGGCACCAAUGCCCACAGCAGUGCUGCAUCCAGCUGUCGCCGCCAGCGAUCAGAGGAUCUACGUUUUUGGAGGGGAGGAUGCCAUGCAGAAUCCAGUCCGGCUGAUUCAGGUGUAUCACAUCUCUCGCAACUUGUGGACGAGGCUGGAGACAAGGACGGUGAAAAACGUUUGUGCUCCUGCUGCUGUCAUUGAAGACAAGAUCUACAUUAUAGGAGGAUACACCAGGCGAUUGAUCGCCUAUGACACCAAAGUCAACAAAUUCGUCAAGUGUGAGAACCUAAAGGAGCGACGGAUGCAUCACAGCGCCACAGUGAUCAACAAUAAACUCUAUGUCACCGGUGGACGCAUCCUCAACGGCCACGAUGUCAUCGAGGACUCAGACUGCUUCGAGUGUUACGACCCGAAGACAGAUGUUUGGACGUCGAAAGGUUCUUUGCCGUACAAAUUAUUUGACCACGGCUCCCUUCCUUUAGUGUGCGUUUCCAACAGACCCAACCCACCAUGACCCACCAACCAACCAGCCACUUGGGUAAAUGCUUUGCUAUGUGCUCAUCACCUUCCCUUCGCCAUGAUUUAUAUUAACUACAAAAUUGGGAAACCAUUUCAAAAUGACUGCAUUCCUUCACGUUGUUCAGUCUGUGCCACAACUUAACGGCAUGUUAGGCCAGGCUGACUUUCAUCUGAAUCAAAGGAGGAGCUGACGUGCAGAGGUGUCAUUUCUUAGGCACCUCGGGUGGAACUGAACUGAGAACCCAAGAGAUGACGAGAGGCAGACACUUACACCACAAGAACAAGCAGGUGUUCAGACACAUAUGUAAUCCAAAAAGCUCUUUCCACAGAUGGCUGCACUCAGUUGAUGGUAACUAAAAGUGUUAAUGCUUUAAUUUUCCAGCCAUUUAUACACAGCAUAUCACUGCCUGGCAGCUGCAGUUGACUUCCCUGUAACAAUUAAAUACAUAAGGAAUUACAUGUCUGGCUGCUUGUUAACUCUAUGAGGUCUGCUUGUCUUGAACAACUCAAAAUGACUGAUAAAGCUAAGCUACUAAAAGCUACUAAAUUUGCACUUUAUAGAAAAUACAUUCCUCAUUGACCCAUGUGCUUCUAUCAGAGUGCAAUUGCUGAACAAUUGUGACAGAACAUGGACAAGCUCCCCCCUGCAAAAAUCAGUAGUCCAUCACGUUUGCUGUUGAUGAGAAGCACAAUUUCACUUAAAUGAAAUUAUCUGGGCCAACUUUAUUCCAGUUUAGCUGGCUUGAGUCAUGACCUUGACAAUUCUAUCUGUCACCCCAACAAAGCAUGUUCUGUAUUCUGUUUCAUGAAUGUUUUCGCUUGCAGUGUGUGUAUGUAACAUGAAGUAAAACAAAAAGACAUGAUGUUUUGGAGAGGCGAAGCACCGUAAACAGAAAAGAUUUGAGUAGUUCAGUGGUGGUUUACUUUUAAUUUCAACAUGUACAAUUGCUUGAUAAAGAAACCGGCUUCGCAGGCAGCUAUACUGAUGUAAGGACCCUAUUAUCACCCCAUUGGAUCAUCCAUGUUAUGUAUCCCUGUAGUGACUCUACCUACGGUAUUUAAGAUCGCAUCAGCUGUAUGAUGCAUAAUGUGUUGCUGCAGUUGCACAAUUGACUUUCUCUAGCAUUUUUUCCCCUAAAAUGUUUUUAUUUCCUUCUGUACAAUAUUUUGGAUAUUGAUUUCCCUGUUUGUGACUUGGUUUAUAAAGGAAUACUGUUAUUUAUGUGUACAUAUGUGGUGACGCCCCAUAGAAAAUCCAAUUUCUUAUUUAUUGCUUUGAAUUUCUCCGCACACAAGAACAAAUAAUACCAUCUGUUUUGGACUGCAGCACAUGCAUUGUCAUUGUUAUACUAGACUGCAUUUUGUUGAACUUGAUGCAGAUUUAAAUGGUUCUCCCUUUGUCUGCCAACUGGCUGAGUCAUGUUCCCUUCAUACACAAGGGAACAUUGUUGACACAGACACAGAUGCAUGUUCGCUGGCUAUCAGGUGACAGGUCAUUAGGUACCAUUGCAACGUCCAUUCAAAUACUGCAUUAUAUUUCAUGAAAGUUAAAACAAUUUAUCUGGCAUGAAAUUAAUACAUUACUUUAUGUUACAGUAUGACGACCUCUUAUCAUAAAGAGGCUCUCACUGUAUGGUAUGGCCUACUUGUAUCCAGCUCUCCGCUGAAGUUGACCUUAGGGGAAGAGAUGCAGGAUCAGAUUUCACUCUUACAAUUUAAUCCCUGCCCAUUAGUGGGGAAACAUUUAAACUUGCCCAGGAGCAGUGACCAAAGGGGAAUUUCAUCACACUCCACUUUAGCAACCCUAAACUCAUUGAGUUGGAUAGCUCCUUGUUAGUCUGGUCACUCGGAAUGCCUCACAGUAACCCUGCGUGUGUGUGUGUGUGUGUGUGUGUGUAUUCAGUACCUGAUACCUAACCACAGUAUUAUAGACUCUUACUUACCCAGCAGAUUGUCUAAGCUUAAACUUAAAAACCAUACAGUUUUAACUUAUCAACAAAGACUCUCAUGAAUCAUGAAUAAUUUGCCAUUAGCUGAGUCAGAUGUCAUAUGCUUGACUCGUUUAGCCAGAGCAGCAUUUCAGAACAACACCCUGUGAAACUUUUUUAUUGAGCUGCUGCUAAAUACAUAGCCUAUUCAGACUGUUUAUUGACUGUGUUUACUUUGCUGUCUUUCCGUAGAAACCAGUGUGUGAGGGUCAUCCUUGAGGGAGGCUGUGGCCUGGCAGGUUAUUUUCAGUGUCUGUUACUAACCCAUCAAGGGAUAGCAUUUCAUUGCUAGCCCAUUCUGUGUGAGUGUGUGUGUGUACAUAUAAACAUACAGCAAUUGUUGGAAGAAGAACCAUUUGCAUGUAUUGGAGCCACCAGUAUAAACCUUAUUCUACAUAAAC